AUGAUAUCUAAAUUACUUAAAGAAAUGAAAUUUUCAAUCAUUUUGUUAAUAGUUGUUUUGACUGUUUUUGCCUAUUUUGCAUCUGCUGGCGACAUUAAACCAGCAUACUUCGAAACCGCCGAUGCUCAUGCUGAUUAUAACCCAACAUACAGUUUCCAUUUGGCCUCAGAAACAAUUUCAUUUUUUGAUGUCGCAAUUGAAGUUUGCGAUGCCAGCACAGGUUAUGUAGAAGAGCAUUUAGAUGAAGCAUGUGGUCCUUUCUUACCUGGAUGUCUUAGGUGUCCAUGGUCCGGUAGAUUAGUUAAAGAAAUUGGUCAUAAAUAA